CCCAGGGAAUAAUUGACAAUUUUUCCUUAAACAAAUUUUUAAUGAUUUAAUUUGGCAGAUCUGCUCUCUAAUUAAUAGUACUACUGAUCUCUCACAUCUCGACGUAUUCCAUGUUCCAGAACCUCCCCUUCCGCUCCUCGAUUGUCUGAAUCUUUAUUGCAAUUUUGUUUCUCUAAUCAAUUUCUGAAUAUUGUUAUUGCCUUAAUAAAAUUUUCAUUUCCCCUUUUUUGUUGCAGAGCAUAUCAACUUUCUAUCCAUGAGCUACAGAAGGGAGCAUCGUGCUUCUAGAUCUUCACUCUUUGAUGAUUAUGAUAGCCUUGAGGAGGGUGGUCUUAAGGCCUCUUCCUUCUACUCUCGUGAUAUUGAUCAGCAUGACAAUGACAAAGCGAUCGACAGCCUGCAAGACAGAGUCGUGUUUUUGAAGAGGUUGACAGGUGACAUACACAAUGAGGUGGAAAGUCAUAAUCGUAUGCUGGACCGAACAGGAAGUGAAAUGGAUGCAUCAAGGGGAAUUAUGUCAGGUACAAUGGAUAGGUUCAAGAUGGUAUUUGAGAAGAGAUCAAGUCGAAAAACAUGUGGACUUGUGGCUUGUUUUGUGGUUUCUUUCUUUGUAUUAUACUAUUCUUUCAGGAUCCUCUUGUACUUCACAUAUGGCUAGAAUGCAUAUACAGCCUACCUGCUGGAUUCAAUUCUGUGCAGCUGGUGCCAGUAACUAUACAACUAAAUGUUUUACAGGUAAUUACAUAUAUUCAUUUUAGGAAUGCUGGGGAAGUUCUUCAGCAUAUUACACAGGUUUCUUGGAAAUUUGAGACAUGCAAUCCUAGUGAUUACAGUAUAUUGUUUAAAUUUCGAGAAUUGGUGAAAGCUUGGAAAUGAUUAUUCAUCGAAUAUGAAUUGUGCAAGUCGUAAUUGUUUUCUACAGACUGAGAAUGUAUCCGUAUUCUGGGGUUUACAGGUAUUUGGCCUGCAAUAAGUUCUGUUUGAUCACA